CGCUUUGCGGCCUGGCGGCGAUGCUGGGCGGCAGCCGCGCUGGCCUGGGUCGCCUGCGGGGCUGCGGCGAGCGGCUGUGGCGGGGCCGGCGGCGGGCAGCGGCCAUGGCCGGCGGCGAGAUGGGCCAGCGGAUGGUCUGGGUGGACCUGGAGAUGACGGGCCUGGACGUGGAGAAGGACCAGAUCCUGGAGAUGGCCUGCCUCAUCACCGACUGCGACCUCAACGUCCUGGCCGAGGGCCCCAACCUGAUUAUUAACCAGCCCGAUGAGCUGCUGGAGAGCAUGUCUGAGUGGUGCAAGGAGCACCACGGGAAGUCUGGCCUCACUAAAGCUGUGAAGGAGAGCAAAAUCUCAUUGCAGCAGGCAGAGUAUGAGUUUCUGUCCUUCGUGCGACAACAGACACCCCCAGGGCUCUGCCCCCUGGCAGGUAACUCUGUUCAUGCAGAUAAGAAAUUCCUCGACAAGUACAUGCCUCAGUUCAUGAGGCAUCUUCAUUACAGGAUCAUUGACGUGAGCACUGUCAAGGAGCUCUGCAGGCGCUGGUAUCCAGAAGAAUACGAGUUUGCACCAAAGAAGGCAGCUUCUCACAGAGCACUCGAUGACAUCAGGGAAAGCAUCAAAGAGCUGCGGUUCUACAGAGACAGCAUCUUCAAGAGGAAAACGGAUGAAAAGAAAAGGAAACUUAUAGAGAACGGAGAGAGCAAUAAAGCUGCCAGCUGAUUGCUCCCCUCUCCCUGCCGUCCCCUGGCACGCUCUAGCUCUGCCUCUGGGUUCCUUUCUGUUUGCCAGUCUCUGGAGAAGCUGCACCCUCCAGCUACUUUUUUCUUAACAGCUGUUAAACACCAGGGGGAGGCCCGAGUUCUUGCUUCUCUUCUGCGCCAGCAAGGAAUUGGUACUCUCGAGCCUCAGCAGCCUCUUUGUUUGUACCUACUCGGCCAAGCACUGUUUGAUACUCCUCUUCCUCUGGUUUUAGAUGCACUCUUUCACUACACAAUAAAACUGGUUCUGUUGAA